UGUUAGUAGUACGCGAUCAGUGGUAGUACGUGCACCGUGUGCACAAGGACCCAGAGCCUUACCGACCGACCCCAGUGAGCAGCAGUGGCUUCUGGUGCGAUCACGAAUCCCGAUCCUUGUGUGUGUCCCCGCACGUGUUCCAGUCCAGUGUGCGUGCGUGCGUUAGUGGCACUUCCGGUCCUCUGUGUGUCUACUACAUCCUGGCCACCACAGGGUAGUGUCGGACGGGUGGCGUCCGACCCACCGACUGACCGACGGACCAGGUGUCAAAACAACAACAUUGUUGACAGGCGCAAGCAGCAGUAGAGUGUCCGGAGACAUACACUUACGGGUACAGCGCAGCGAAAGAAGGACCGCUCGGAUCCGUUUCGGAUCCCGUCUAAGGCAGACAAUGGCGACGGGAACGGGCCGCUUCUGGCAGGCGCUGGUUGCGCUCGGCCUGGCCCUCACACUUCCGCUGGUCGACGCGAACCGGGAGCACAAGGUGCACAACAUCGUGCUCUACCCGAACAAGCAGUCGUGGUGCACGACGCGCAACAUCAGCCAGGUGAUCGCCGAGCCGGGCUGCCGGCAGGUGACGAUCGACAACAACGUGUGCGUCGGGGCGUGCUUCAGCUACUCGAUCCCGCACACGGAACCGUCCGACCCGGGCGAGAUCAUCGGCCCGUACUGUGACUCUUGCCAACCGUCCGAGGUGUCGUACGUAUCGGUGAAGGUGGAUUGCACGGAGAACCCGAACGGGAAGACACCGUACCUGUCGAAGCACAUCCAGCUCAUACACAACUGCUCGUGUACGGCGUGCGAGGAGCAGUCGAAACGACGGCCGGCGGUAACCGAAUCGGACCAGUCGCAGGAGACUUUGGCCUCUGGCGAGCUGCCAGUAGUGCAUCCGAUGGUGCCCGUGCACCACGAGGAGCACCAGCAGCACCAGCAACAACCGCAACCGGAGCUGGAACAACCGCAAACGCAGCAGCAGCAGUCACAGUCGGCGGAGGACGAAGCGAGCCACCCGGUGGCCGACCAGCACAGUAGCGACACGAUCCAGGACGACAUACCGGAGAUCCUGGAGGUGGUGCACUACAGCGAGAACGACACGGAACCGAUCCGGCUGACGCCGCUCCACGACUUCCAGUCGCACAGCGGGGGCACCACGUACCUGCAGCAGCAGCAGCUCAACCACUACGAGCACAACAGCCACACGGACAACGUGAAGCGGCUGCUGCACCAGAAGAUCACCAAGCUGCUGCGGGCGAUCAAGGAGACCAACUCGCCCGCCGACCGGGAGCAGCUGGUCGAGAUGAUCCGGCUGAUCAAGGGCACGAGCGACCGGAACUGGGACGAGCUGGUCGUGAGCCUGCAGUCCGAGAACUCGAUCCUCGACUUUAACCGGCUGCGGACGGAGCUGGUGGAGGAACCGGAGCCGGCAGGGCCGUUACCGGGUACGCAGGAUAACGCCACCGUUGCGGUUUCGGCCGAUUCCGAGAACGCCGUCUCGAGCGGUAGUUCGGAAGAAGAACCGCUUCCGGAUGUGUCGGCCACGGCCAUGAAGAAGAGUGACGAUGGUGCCGCCGUUGUCGCCACCAACGCCGCCGUCACCGGAGAGGACGAUCAUCGACGGCUUAUGCAGCAUCAGUUCGAUGCGGUACGCCAUCGUGCGAUCGCGGAGACGGCUGGCUACGAGGAGCACGGGCACCAACACCUACACCAGCAUCAGCACCACCACACGGUUGGGGAGCGUGUCGAUGCGCACCAUCACCUGGCGCGCGGUCCACACGGGGCACUGGUGAUCCGGGCGGACGCGGCCGACCAGGAGGAGCUGCGGAGCCACCAGAACGGGCACGAGGUGCAAGAAAAGAUCAACAUCCACGCGCACGAGCUGAAACCGAAUCUGGCCGGGCUGGUCGUCACCUACGAUCACCGGGCCCAGCGGCACCACCAGCAUCACCCGCACCAGCAGCCGCCCGCAGGCGGGCUAGAGGGUGGCCCCCCGGGGACCGAGCAGCAGGGGGACCGGGCCGAGAGCCAGGGCUCCGAGCAUCGGUCGCACCCGCACCACACGAGUCACCAGCACCACCACCAUCCGCACGGACACCAUGGGCAUGGGCGUGAAACGGGCCACCAACAUCACGGCGCCCAGGUGCAGGCGGUAGCGCCCCCCGCUGGCAACGACGCGUUGCCACCACCACCGCCACCGCCACCGUCGUCGUCGUCGUCGUCGUCUGCGACCACAGGUGAAACCCAACCCAACUAGAAGUAGUCACAAGUAGGUCCCACCACCCUACCAGCCGCUAGCGGGGCCCUUCAGCCUGCUGCCAGCCGUUACUAUACGAACACCCUUGCUUACUCUCUACCGAUUUCUCGCCUACUCUCUUGCCUUUUGAUUUUUUUUGUUUUAUGAUUUAUUAGAAAUAUAUAUACGAAUAUUGUAUACAGGUUUGAUUUUCAAAUUGAAAAGUAUUUCACCGAGGAAGUUCCCGUGAACCCUAAAAGCCUCGCUACUUCGUAAGAGUUAGGUUUGAGGUUUCUAGUCGAUAGUCGCCUGCUAGGUGUCGGGGCCCGAACGAACACGGUGGUCGCUGGGUGGGUUGGCGCGGCAGGUGGGUGAGCUAAAGAGAGAGAGAGAAAGGAGAAAAAGAGAGUGAGUAAGAACAGGAAAAAGAGAGCACGAGAGAACGAUGAUGGGGAUACUAGACAGACAGCAGCGUGGUGUGUUAUUAUGGUUGUUUGUUAUAUAUAUAUAUAUAUAUAUUAUGUGAACCGUUUUAUUUUUUACUCCAACUUUAUUUCUUUUUUGACACGCAUCAGAACAAUAGAGCAAAAGUUGAACGAAUUACAACGAAUUAUACGGAACUUGUUAAACCUA